UGCUGGAACCAGAGCCCGCGGAGCCGAGCCCGCUGCGGGCGGCCUCGUGUCCCGGAGCCCUCGGCAGCGGCUGGGCUGCGGCCCCGCUCAUCGCCAUGGAGAAGUACAAAGCUCUCGAGCAGCUGCUCACAGAACUCGAAGAUUUUCUGAGGAUACUGGACAAGGAGAAUUUGAGCAGCACUGCUGUGGUGAAGAAGAGCUUCCUCUCUGACCUGCUGAAAGUCUACACCAAGUCCAGUGGUGGUGAUGAGGAGUAUAUUUAUAUGAACAAAGUGACAGUCCAUAAACAGCAGGGUGACCAAGAGAAACAAGACAAAGUGCUGGAUAGGAAGAACUCCCUGCCCAAUGGAGACUCAGGGCUGCAUUUGUCACCUCCUCAGAAGGGCCUGCCAGACCUCCCCCCUCCAAAGAUUCUGGAAACAAAACAACCUCCAGUCCCCAAGAUUGAAUCCCCAGAGGGAUAUUACGAAGAGGCUGAGCCCUAUGAUGUCUCUGUAAAUGAAGAUGGUGAAGCUGUUAGUAGUUCCUACGAAUCUUACGAUGAGGAAGAGAGCAGCAAAGGCAAGUCAGCAACCCAUCAGUGGCCAUCCCCAGAGGCCACCAUUGAGCUGAUGAAGGACGCCCGCAUCUGCGCCUUCCUGUGGAGAAAGAAGUGGCUGGGACAGUGGGCAAAACAGCUGUGUGUUAUCAAGGACAGCAGGUUGCUGUGCUACAAGAGCUCCAAAGACCACAACCCCCAGCUCGACGUGAAUUUGCUGGGCUGCACUGUCAUUCACAAGGAAAAGCAAGUGAGGAAGAAAGAGCACAAGCUGAAGAUCAUCCCCACGAACGCUGAUGUCAUCGUGCUGGGGCUGCAGAGCAAAGACCAGGCAGAGCAGUGGCUCAGGGUAAUCCAAGAGACCAGUGGCCUGCUCUGUGAAGGAGGCAGUGAAGGCAACCAGUACAUCCCAGACUCACAGCGUCUCAGUUACCCAAAGGUGGAGGUGUCUGAGAGAUACUCUGCAGCCUCCGAGAGCGGGAGCAGCACCGACGGCCACACCGAGGCAGCUGAGACAAAAGAUGUUAAGAAGAAGGGCACAACUGGCCUGAAACUGAGCAACCUGAUGAACCUCGGGAGGAAGAAGUCCAGCUCCCUGGAUAGCCCAGAGAGGUCCCUGGAGACUUCAAGUUACCUGAAUGUGCUGGUGAACAGCCAGUGGAAGUCGCGGUGGUGUCAGAUAAAAGAUGGGCACCUCCAUUUCUACCAGGACAAGAACAGAAGCAAACUGGCUCAGCAGCCCCUGAGUUUGGCAGGUUGUGAAAUCAUCCCGGAGCCGAGCCCUGAUCACCUUUACUCCUUCCGCAUCCUGCACAACGGGGAGGAACGGCUUGUUUUGGAGGCAAAGUCCUCAGAGGAGAUGGGCCACUGGCUGGGGCUGCUCUUGUCGGAGUCGGGCUCGAAAACAGACCCGGAGGAAUUUACCUACGAUUACGUGGACGCUGACAGGGUGUCGUGCAUCGUGAGCGCCGCGAAGAAUUCCUUCUUCCUAAUGCAGAGGAAAUACUCUGAGCCCAAUGCCUACAUCGACAACCUGCCCAAGGGCAGGGUGCAGCAGGACGAGCUGUACGACGAUGUGGAUCUGCCAGACCUGCCUGUGGAAGAAGCACCCAAGAGUGAGAGCAAAGUGGAGGGGGACCAAGACAGAGUGUAUCUGGAUCUCACCCCGGUGAAGUCCUUACUACAUUGUGCUGGCAAGAUGUCAUGCCAGUCUUCACCCCUGGGCUCACCAUCUCUGGAAAGGGCUGCCAACAAGGCUGCCCCAGAGAGCACAGCUGAGACAGCCCCCAUGGCUAAGGAAGCUGAGCCCUGUACUAAGGCAGCAGAGACCUCGGAGCAGAAACUCCCAGAGAAGCCAGAGCCCGAGGAGGCUGUGCCACGGGUGCCUGCUGUCAAAAUCCAGAGCCAGCAGCAGAGCGUUGCCUUGCCCCAGGUGGCCCCCGAGGUGCCAGCGGGCGCAGUUCCAGCGGGCAGCCCCCAGCUGGUGCCUGCACACCGGCCCAAGAUGCCACUGCCAGCAGCAGCAGUGGAAACCAAGCUGGGCAAGAACAGGACAGAGGCAGAGGUGAAACGGUUCACAGAGGAGAAGGAACGGCUGGAGAAGGAGAAGGAUGAAAUCCGAGCUCAGCUCACCCAGCUGCGCAAGGAGAGACGGGAGCUGAAGGAAAUGCUUGGUGCCAGCACAGGUGGAGCAGGGCAAGACAAGAGCCUGGAGCAGAGGCUGAGGGAGAUAGACGAAGAGUGCAAAAGGAAGGAAAGCCAGAGGGUGGACCUGGAGCUGAGCCUGGUGGAGGUGAAAGAGAACCUGAAGAAGGCAGAGUCCGGCCCGGUGACACUGGGGACUGCAGUGGACACCACACACCUGGAGAACACAGCCCCACGGGUUCAGGCAAAAAGUGCCAGCCCAGCAAACAGCGCAGAGAACUCCCCGGUCAAUUCAGCAACGGCUUUGAAAAACCGGCCUUUAUCUGUUAUGGUCACGGGGAAGGGAACAGUCCUACAGAAAGCUAAGGAAUGGGAGAAAAAGGGAGCCAGUUAGAAGCACCUUGUUCAGAGAUGGACUAAAGACUCAAAUUGCCCACGCAUGGCCCAGGGGAUUCAACCAUCUGUCGGUGGAGGUUGGGUGUUCAGCACCACCACACACCAAGUGCCUCCUCCGCGUCGCGCCCGCGGCUCAGACGCAGCUCUGGAGCCGCCAGCUGCUGAUACGAAAUGUUAUCCCAAAUGAACUUGCUCUUUCCAGACAAAUCCCAAUCAUGUAGCUAAAACAAUAACAACCAGUGGCAAUCCUUCCAUCAAAGUCCUAACCCAGCUGAUGUAAACAAGAGCGUUACUGUACAUAGGGGUGUUUCGUGUAUUUCUACUCUGAAGGUUUAUCAAUGAGUUAUUAAGGUUUCUAUAUUAGUGACUGUAGUGGAUUCAGAAGGGACCUCUACUAUUCCUCAGCCUGGUGAGUUUGUACCUGUCAUGAUAAAUUGGAGUCAACUAAAGUCUCACCUGUCUUGCUGCCAGCCACCACUCAGCUGCAUUUCAUCCAGCCUUCAGUCAAGAGCUAUCCCCACAUGCGAGCAAUGCUUCAAACAUGGGUGAGAAGCACACAGCAGCCUGUCCAGGGCGUUUUUAAUCAGUGUCCUGGUGCAUUCCAGCAUCUCCUACCAGCUGCAGGUUUGCUAGAAUAUUGUGCUGCUCACGUUCUCGUGCUGUAAACUGUGUUACAGGCUGGCAGCACCAAGAGCUCUGGGCAAAGAAGAUCUGCCAGGCAGAUUCAGUUAACUUUCUUGAAAAUCUUGCUUCACCUUGAAGAGUCUGUUCUUAAAAAAAAAA